CUAACCGGCGUUGGGGUUGCGAAGGGGCGAGAAAAGCCUGUGGAAAAGCGACGAGAAGAUCGAGAAAGUUCUCGAAGCGGGGCCUAGUUGUACCGCUGCGACCGUCGAUUCAUUCUUGUUCAGCUCGAGCACCUGAAUUAUCCGGUGCGCUUUCAGUGUCGUUUGUUAUCGUGCGACGAUGUCAGUGAUCGGGUUCGACUUCGGCAACGAGAACUGCUUCAUUGCGGUUGCUCGUGCCGGUGGCAUCGAGACGAUCGCCAAUGAGUACAGCCAGCGAGUCACGCCGUCCUAUGUGGCGUUCGGCGAAAAGACGCGUGACUUGGGCGUGUCGGCAAAGAACAAGCAGGUGACGAAUCUCAGGAAUACCGUGUUCGGCUUCAAGAGGCUGCAGGGCCGCAAGAUGGGCGACCCGCUAGUCAAGCACGAGGCGACGUUCCUGCCCUAUUCGUUGGUGGACCUGGGUGGCGGGCGCGUGGGCGUCCGUGUUCGCUACCUGAACGAGGACAGGGGCUUCUCGAUCACGCAAAUCACUGCCAUGCUUUUCACCAAGUUGAAGGACAUUGCCGAGACCGCGCUGAAGAUAAAAGUCAACGACUGCGUCGUCUCCGUGCCGCACUUUUUCACAGACGCCGAGCGUCGGGCCUUGCUGGACGCGACGCGCAUCGCGGGCCUCAACUGCCUCAAGCUCAUGAACGAAACCACCGCCAUAGCGCUCAGCUACGGCUUCUACAAGAACGACCUACCCGAAGAGAAGCCGCGAAUCGUGGCCUUCGUCGACAUGGGCCACUCGGCGUUGCAGGUCGGCAUCGUGGCUUUCAAUCGGGACCGACUCAAGAUGAUGGCCACCGCGUUCGAGAGCGUCGGCGGCCGUGACUUCGACAUGGUGCUGGUGCGGUACUUCGUGCAGGAGUUCAAGGAGCGCUACAACCUCGACGUGUCCAGCAACCGGAGGGCGCUCAUCCGGCUAAUCACGGAGUGCGAGAAGCUCAAGAAGAACAUGAGCGCUAACCCUCACGAGCUGCCCCUCAACAUCGAGUGCUUUAUGAACGACCGCGACGUUGCCGGCAGGAUGAAACGCGAGGCGUUCGAGGCCAUGGCGGCGGAGCACCUGGCGCGCACCGAGCGCACGCUGGCACGGGCGCUGCACGAGGCUGGCCUGCGCCCCUCGGACGUGGAUUCCGUGGAACUGGUAGGAGGAGGCACGCGGGUGCCGGCGAUCAAGCAACUGGUGCGCAAGGUGUUCAACCGGGAGCCGUCCACGACACUCAACCAGGACGAGGCAGUGGCGCGCGGCUGCGCUCUGCAGUGCGCCAUGCUCUCGCCCAUCUUCAAAGUGCGAGAGUUCCAGGUGGUGGACGCGCAGCCCUACCCCAUCGAGCUGUGCUACGCCCCCAGCAAGGGCGAAGAAGGCCGUGCCGAGGUGUUCCCGCGCUGGCACCAGGUUCCCUUCAGCAAGAUGCUCACGUUCUAUCGGAGCAAGCCCUUCUCUCUGGAAGCCAGGUACACAGCUGAUGCUGCUGUGCCCUAUCCCGACCUGCAGCUCGGCGUUUUCAACGUGAACAAGGUUGCUCCCGCAGCCGACAAUGAGGCCACCAAGGUCAAGGUUAAAGUGCGGCUCAACCUGCACGGCAUCUUCUCUGUGGUGUCCGCCUCGGCAGUUGACCGUGUCAAGCAUGAUGGCCGACAGGCAAGUGCUGCCCCGGAGAAGUGUUCAAAUGGUGGCGACCUAGCAGCGGCGGGGGCGGCGUGUGGCGAUGAGGUGCCCCCGAGCGAGGGAGGGGAUCCAGUCGAGAAGGGUCCCGAGACCAACCAGGCCAACGAGGCCAACAAGGAAGAGAGGCCAGAGCCGACCAAAACUGAAAAGACCAAGACGCUUGAGCUGCCCAUAGAGUCCCAAGUACCGCAGCUGUCUCCCGCAGAGAUGGACCAAUUGGUCGAGGCCGAGGUAAAGAUGGUGCAGAGUGACCGGAUGGAGAAGGAGCGCGUGGACGCGAAGAAUGCCGUGGAGGAGUACGUCUACGAGAUGCGGGACCACUUGUCAGACAAGUUCAAGGCGUACAUCGUCGAGAAGGACAAGGAAAAGUUCCUCGCCAUGCUUAAUGAGACCGAGAACUGGCUCUACACAGAAGGCGAAGAGGUGGCCAAGAACCAGUACGUGGAAAAGCUGAACGCUCUGCGUGAGAUAGGCCAGCCCAUCAAGAACCGCUGCAAGGAGCACGAGGAGCGAGGGUUGGCUGCCGAAGAGAUGGGUGCCGUACUGCAGAAAUCUCGUAAGGCCCUCGUCGACCUUCAAGCUCGGUCGCAGGAGGAGGCCUACCAGAAACUUGCCAAGGCUGUGGAGGAGCGACAGAACUGGUUUGACGGUGCUAUGGGCGCACUGUCGAAGGCUCCCUUGUAUGAGGAUCCUCCAGUUCUGGUGUCUCGCUUCCGGGAGGAGGCGAAAGCCAUGGAGGCCCUCCUGGCAGCCCUCACAGUAGCACCAAAGCCACCCAAGGCUGAGAGCCCCGCGCGACAAGCCCCAGAAGGGGGACACACGCCGUCUCAGUCUGAGGAAGCAACAGAGUCUGAAGAGGCGACUGACAAGAUGGAUGUGGACUAAAGGUGCCCAAAAGGGCGGCCCACAAAAAAGAAAAAAAAAACUGCUUGUACAUAACAUGCACUUCUGUCUUCGCUGGAAAAACACAAGUGUUCUUUCGCCUAGUUUUUCUUUUUCUUCUGAAGAGGAAAAAAGGAUGUGGUUGGUGACAUUCUUGCAGACCUUGCUGUGAAGACUGGUUGAUGAACUGGUGGUGAUGUAAUAAAUCACAGCUUGGCAGUUUUUCUUUUUGCCUGCUAGUGAGGUGCAUUUGUUUGUGGUAGUGCGGGGGAAAAAAAAUUUGGGGCAGUUUUCAUUUGUUCACCUGUCACGAGCAGCUAAAAGGCUCUGAAACACUGCUACUCGUGGAAAUUUUACUAACAAAUUUUUCUUGCAGUACCGGUGUCAAUGUAUUGCGCAAAGUUGCUUCAUGUUGUUUUAGCUAACUUAAUUUGGGAUGUCCCCUAGUCCUAGUUCCUGUGAUUCAUCUGUGGAGCACUGCACUGACAUGCUUUGCUACAUGCCAAGGUUAGUUAGGGGAACAGAAGGAUGUUUUGAGAUUGCAAGGUCAUGUAUAAAUCUGUCAUUAAUAAAUUGCCCUGUUGCACCCAGGAA